UAACAUUACUUAUCUCUUAGACCAAGUUCAUCCACUGUGCUGCGGACUCCCAAGCCAGCACCACUCAUGCUGAUUCAUUUUGAUUUCUGCUAAUACCAGAGUCCUGUGUGGCAGAGCCAUUGGCACCAGAAAUUACAAGUACAUAAAGAGAACAUGGCCAAGCGAGUCGCCAUUGUGGGAGCUGGGGUCAGCGGCCUGGCCUCCAUCAAGUGCUGUCUGGAAGAAGGACUGGAGCCCACCUGCUUUGAGAGGAGCGACGACCUUGGAGGGCUGUGGAGAUUCACCGAACAUGUUGAAGAAGGCAGAGCCAGUCUCUACAAGUCUGUGGUUUCCAACAGCUGCAAGGAGAUGUCUUGUUACUCCGACUUUCCAUUCCCAGAAGAUUAUCCAAACUAUGUGCCAAAUUCUCAAUUCCUGGAAUAUCUCAAAAUGUAUGCAAACCACUUCAACCUUCUGAAACACAUUCAAUUCAAGACCAAAGUCUGCAGUGUAACAAAAUGUUCAGAUUUUACUGUCUCUGGCCAGUGGGAGGUGGUCACUAUGCAUGAAGAGAAGCAAGAGUCAGCCAUCUUUGAUGCUGUCAUGGUCUGCACUGGCUUUCUUACUAACCCUUAUUUGCCACUGGACUCCUUUCCAGGUAUUAAUGCCUUUAAAGGCCAGUACUUUCAUAGCCGGCAAUAUAAGCAUCCAGAUAUAUUUAAGGACAAGAGAGUCCUUGUGAUUGGAAUGGGAAAUUCUGGCACAGACAUUGCUGUGGAGGCCAGCCACCUGGCGGAAAAGGUGUUCCUCAGCACCACCGGAGGGGGAUGGGUGAUCAGCCGAAUCUUUGACUCAGGCUACCCAUGGGACAUGGUGUUCAUGACACGAUUUCAGAACAUGUUGAGAAAUUCUCUCCCAACUCCAAUUGUGACUUGGUUGAUGGUGCGAAAGAUAAACAACUGGCUCAAUCAUGCAAAUUACGGCUUAAUACCAGAAGAGAGGACUCAGCUGAAAGAGUUUGUACUAAAUGAUGAGCUCCCAGGCCGCAUCAUCACUGGGAAAGUGUUCAUCAGGCCAAGCAUAAAAGAGUCUGUAGUGAAAGUUGAAGAUGGCCAGGCCUCACUGUACAAGUAUAUCUUCCCUGCACAUCUGCAAAAGCCAACACUGGCCAUUAUUGGCCUCAUCAAACCCUUGGGUUCCAUGAUACCUACAGGAGAAACACAAGCUCGUUGGGCUGUUCGAGUCCUGAAAGGUGUAAAUAAGUUACCACCACCGAGUGUCAUGAUAGAGGAAAUUAAUGCAAGGAGAGAAAACAAGCCCAGUUGGUUUGGCUUGUGCUACUGCAAGGCUUUACAAUCAGAUUAUAUCACAUACAUAGAUGAACUCCUGACCUAUAUCAAUGCAAAACCCAAGCUGUUCUCUAUGCUCCUAACGGAUCCACACCUGGCUCUGACCGUCUUCUUUGGCCCAUGCUCACCAUACCAGUUCCGCUUGACUGGCCCAGGAAAAUGGGAAGGAGCCAGAAAUGCCAUCAUGACCCAGUGGGACCGAACAUUCAAGGUCACCAAAGGUCGAGUUGUACAAGAGUCUCCAUCUCCCUUUGAAAGUUUUCUUAAACUCUUUAGCUUUCUGGCUUUGCUUGUGGCUAUUUUUCUGAUUGUGCUAUAAGUGGAAGAUUUCCUAAAUGGCAGAUGCACAGAGUAGAUUUACAAUGCUCCAAUUCCUCUCUUACAGCAAUAUUGCCUUCACAGUUAUAAACCGUAUUCACUAAUAAAGGGCACCCUCUUGCUUCCCUGGCUGGCCCCAGGGCUACCACUGGUAUUCCUGAGGCUCUCCCAGCUCCACUGUGUCUAACGCUAGAGAAUGAUAACUAAGAUUUCUGUUCAUUUGAAGGUUGUUGGAAAGUUACAGGUUCAUUUUAGAAAGAAAGCUGUUCUUGACAGCACUCUGAGCCAUCAUACCUCUUUCCCAUGUAAACUAUUUUCACAGAUCUAAACUAAAACCCCUUACUUCACAAAUGAUUGUGUUGUGCUGAAAUGGUGCUCUUCUUAGAGUAUUGGCUUAUUAAAAGUAAAAAAAUAAACCUAGAAAUUGAUUGUUUCAAGUGAUCUUUUGUUCUCUUAUUAAAGGUUCAGAAAACAGAGAAAAAGAUGAGAAUUCUAUGAAUAAAGCCUGUAAAAGGAUAGGGGGUUCAAUGAGUUACCUUGAGAGUUUCCCAAAGGACUGUACCUGCCUGAGACUGUUCAUUCCUCCAGAACACUCUUUAUAACAAAUCUGGUACUCCAGCUGGCCUCCCAAAGACCUCAGUCAGAUUCCACAGAAAACCACCACCUCCAUGGGCUCUUAGAGCAAGCCUCCAGCAGCCGAAGGAAAAAUUCCGCCUGCUUAGAUCCUCCUUAGACUACCCUGCUGUAAGAGGCAAAUUGAGCUGCCUCCUUUGAAAGAGUCAGUGAGAACCAACCAAAUUCAACUGGAAUUCAUUAGAUAAAGAGCACAGCCAAGAAGCUUUUAACAGAGAGAAAGCAGGGAGAGGAAAAAAGGGAAAGAAAAAGAGGAACGAAAGCAAACAUCAUGUCAAAAGCAGCAGUUUUCAACCAAACUAGACCCAGCCUAUCUCACAGUUACAUCUGAUGAAGAUAUGACGCAUAACCAGGAAAGGCUUUGCUUCAGUUCACCUCGUGGCUUAUAUGGAAAACCCUGUGGGUAAACCUCACCUCACAGAGAGGUCCACAGUUUGGAUGCAGGGACAAGAUUCAAAAACUGUGGAGUCAGGAAAGAGUGAGCUCUAUGGGGCCUGUAUAGAUACAGAUCACUUCUCCCCAACUUUGGUUGGCUCUGACAACUCUUCAGUAUUUUUCCAUUUCUUACUUUUCCUCGUGACCUAUUUCACUCUUACCACAGAAACUCAUGAUGAAGAAUUACCCCCACUGCAUACAAUCUAGAUUACUCCUAGAAAUGCUUUUCCCUCCAUUGAAACAAAGCUGAUAUUUUAACUUUCCUCAUGAAGCUGACUGGGGGGGAAGUUUAGUGCCCAAGGUGAAACAGGGAAGGAUAAUCUCCCCAGGCCACAGUGGCAAAUCAUGACACAAGCGGCCACCUGAACCUGAUCAUAUCUAGUGUACUGGGAGACUGAAUAUACUUAUGGACAAUGACCAGAUCGUUUACAGCAAUAGAUUUCUAACCCACAACCCCUGCAGCAAUCAGCUCAGAACAGUCAGGACUUGGUUAAUGAGUGCCAGCUUCUCAACUUGUUGACCCUGCUUCUAACUCAGGAGUGACCAAAGAAAGCCAAAUAAGCUUCCCAAACCAGUCCCAUAUGAUCUCUUGCUUCUAGUUAACCCACCUCCACCUUCCCCAUGCCAACAACCACCAAUGAGAGUACCUGAAGCCUUCCCUUUCUUUCACUAUAAACACAAACACACACACACACGCCAAACCUCCGCUGCUGCCUUUGAAUCUGUGCCAGACAUUAGUGGUGGUGCCAGCAAAAACAAAACACAUAUUAUGUAAAGACUACAGCAGUAAUUAUAAUGCUGCACAUUUUAUACUACUUUAAAAUUAAUAAAAUGCCAACUGUUAUCUCACUUAAUCCUCACAAUAAUUAUGUGAUUGGGAAGACGACUGUACUACAUACACAAUUUGACAAGUAAGAAAACUCAGACAAGGAGAUGUCAAUUGAUUUGUCCCAGGUAACAGGUAAAAUAUGGCUGAGUCAGAACACGAGAGUCCAGAACAUACAUCAUAGGCUCUUUACCAUUUAAGCCCACAGUCUCCAAUGUCCAAAUGACUCCAGAAGCCUUAGUAGUGAUAUCGCAAAAGCCGUAUUACAAGAAUGUUACUCCAUAAAAGUAUCUGUAGGUCUCUCUCCCUUUCUCACUCUCCCUAUGAGUGUGUGUGGACCUGUCUGCCUGUCAAUUGUCAAUAGUUCAUGCCGUGCCUAGAAUUUCAUAUCUUUCCCUUUAUAUAUACCUUUCAUUUCUGAAUCCAUGGGUUUGAAUCUCCACAUGCAUCUUUUUCCCUGCUUAUUCCUCCCUUUUUUUUUUUUUCCUGACUAUGGCUGUGCUAGGACUACUCUAGGACUAUAUUAUAGAACAGACUCAAAAGAAAGAAAGGUUUCUCAUUUCUAGUCUAGAAAUUAUUCCAUGCACACUACUGAAAAAAGUAUCAUUUUUUUCUGUUCAGAAAAUAAAAGAGUGAAUUCUCAUAAACCUAGCAAAAUAAGAAAUAUGUAAAACAUUUUGACAUUACUCUGUUUCUUGCACACGAUUUAAAUCAGAAGAGCUUCUGAGGCAUUUCAUCACCAAGAAUAAUUUUACGUUUUCUGAAAUUAUUUUUAAUGUCUAUUAAUAGUACCCCCUGCUAGAUCAGUCUUAAGUAAAAUUACCUAUCUUCUCAGGUACCAAUGCUCUGGGUCUUUCCACAUCCUGUCACUUGGAGAUGCUUGGAGAAUAAGCCCAGUGCUUAGGAGCAACGGCCCUGCCACUUACUAGCUGUGUGACCUUGAGCAAGUCACUUACUUUUCCUAAGCCACAGUUUUCCCUUCUAUAACAUAGAAGUUAUCUUCUGAACACUUAUUUUGCCUCACAAGGGUGUUAUGAGGAUUAAAUAGCAUGAUCCACAUAAAGUACUUAGCAUAAAUACUGUACAAGGUAUGUGUUCAAUAAAUGACAGCUAUUAUUACUAUGUUACCUAAGCAAGAUGUAUGUUUUAUCACCUGAUUUAUUUUUUCUAGGCCAUAGACCUAGUUAGUUUCUCAUAGGGCAUUGACACCACAGUACGUCACAGGCCUCUCAAAUGCAAUAUGCCCAAAAUUAACCUCAUUUCCCAACAGUCCUUAUUUCCCCAACAGUCCUUACUUAACUAUUGAUGUCAUCAUCCUUAUCCUCUGUAGGGAAAUGAAUAAUUUCCAUGAAUAAUUACACAUUGACUAAGGACAAUAAUGAGGUUAUCUGAUUUUUAUUCUAUGGUAACUAUUUUAUAACUCAGUAAAUUGUAGAUAACUAAUAGCAAUGCAAAAUAAUUCUUGUCUAUAGACAUGUAGAUAAUGUCCAGUAGAAGUCUAAUUGGCGUCCCUUCCCCACGGUGCGGAUAACUAGUUUUGCCUCCAUUUGCACAUUCAUUUCAACAUUCCUGAUUUAUACAUGUGCAUUUUAUCUUUAAAUUUUCUUUUGAACUGAUUGUAACGUCUUACCAAUUUCCUUUUUAAUAGUAAGUGAAAUAAAAUCUCUAACAUGAGUCUAUCUUAUAUUUGUAUGAAUCACCAUUCUACUUUCUUUGAAAAUUAUCUUUUAACACCUCUUCCAAGGAAUAGCAAUACCAUUUACUAAUAGUUAUGUUUCCACUGAAAGACAUCACCUUUGAGACUCUGACCCUCAUGCCUCAUAUCCAACAGUCUAUGAGCCUUAUCAAGUGUGUCUCUAACACAGAGCAAAGACCACUGUGGUACCGAGUGCAAACACAUGGGCUGUAGAGUCAGAUGGCCCAGGUUGAAUCCUACUUUGCUGCACAACCUUGGGCUAGUUAUUUAGUGUCUUCUAGCUUCAACGCCUUUAUCUGUAAAAUAUUGAAGUAACACUUUAGCAUUGCUAUAACGGAUAAUUAAUGAAGAUAAUACAUGUAAAGCGUUAAGCCCAGUGCCUGGCAUGUGGUCAGUGCUCACCUAAAGGUUAACUAUUAAUAUCUCACAGACUUAUCUCUCCCUUACCCUCCCUCCUUCCUCACUGGGUAGUUUAGGCUCAUUUAAUUUCUUGCCUAGGUUAGUGCUACCUGGCUUCCCUGUCCUCUUGCUAACAUUUAGUCCAUCUACUCCUGUCUCCCUGCUUCCCCCAGAAUAAUUUGUGGGUGAUGCCAUUCUCAGAAGCAGUCAUAGUAAGAGGAGAUAAAAAUAAAGAGCUUCCUAGGUUCUCCUGACCUCAGUGUCCCUGUCUCAAUCACUGCUUCCCAAUUUAGGAAGUUUCACAUGGGGGCUGUAAACAACUGAGAAAAACAACAACGUUUAGGGUUGUCCUGUCCCUCAUGAGACAGAAUACAUUUUUUAACAUACUCUAACUUGAGAGCACUUUGAUUAAAAAUGAAUGAAGACUGCAUUUAAUUCUUCCUCUGAAAAAAGAAAACUUGGUUAGACAUUUUAAAGUGGACCUAAAUAUUUUAAGCCAAAAGGAAAAAUAUGAGAUCAGCCUCUAUUAUUGAGCAAAUUUUCCUACAGAGUAAAACUUAUACUAUUUAUGCAUUAUUUUUAAUUUCAGACAUUCAUUUUUGUGGAAGUAUAAGCAGCCUUUAUAAAGAGUAUGCUUCUUAUUAGAGUUAUAGCCAGAUUAGUAAACAGAGAAGGAGCGAGUGCAAUAUGAGGUUAGAAAUAGGAGCUGAUCUUAAAUGCCGGCAGCAAAGGAGAAUCCAUGUUAACAAAAUGCUCCUCUGCAAAAGCCAUACUAUAAAAUCAAGACAUAAAAGGACUCAAAGGGAGAUAUUCCAGGCCAUUAGGGGAGGAAAGUGGUCAUUGUGGAAUCAAAAUGAUACUAAAUGUAUUUAGGGGUGAUUUGGCAAUAUUGUCCAUAAUUUUAAAUACAUGUAUCCUUUGACACAAUUAUGUAUCUCAGAGUCUAUUCUAUAGAAAUUGUCAUGUAUACAAAGAUAUUUAUACAACGAUGUUCAUUGUCAUAUUGUUUGUAAAAACAAAAAAGUGUUGUCAAUGGAGGAAAAUGAUGAGACAAGUCUCAUUUCAAGGUUGUGAAAUUUAUUUAGUUACUAAAGGGUGUUAAAUCA